CAGAUAGCAGAGAAGACAGAGGCUAAAGCAAAAGUUAGCUUUCGGUUCGCAUUUCGUUGUUUGUAGUCCAAUCGUUGAAGAUUUGUAAUUAAUUACAGUUUUAUAAUGUUGGGCCUAGAAAACUUUCCAGAAUAUGAAGUCCCUGGAAUUCGCCAGGUUCAAUUUUACCCUUACGAAUCCAAUGGCGGGAGCGUUGUUGCGAUAGCUGGAGAGGAUUUUGCCGUAAUUGGUGCCGACACCCGCUUGAGUUCAGGCUAUUCAAUUCAUACUCGUACGCAGAACAAACUGUUUCGAUUGUCGAAUAAAACCGUACUCGCUUCAACGGGUUGUUGGUGCGAUACUCUUGCUUUGACUAGUCUGGUCAAGGUAAGAAUGCAGAUGUACAAAGACCAGCAUCAAAAAAAUAUGACUACUCCAGCGGUUGCCCAAAUGUUAUCAAUCCUGAUGUACAAUAGAAGAUUUUUCCCAUACUACGUUUCUAACAUUUUGGCUGGUUUAGAUGAUGAAGGCAAGGGUGUUAUCUAUAGCUAUGAUCCGAUUGGUCAUUGCGAAAAAAAUACUUAUCGUUCGGGUGGAUCGGCUGGACCAUUGUUGCAACCAGUGUUAGAUAACCAGAUAGGGCAAAAGAACAUGGUCAAUGUAGAUCCAAAGCCGGUUCAACUGGAUAAAGCCAUUUCCAUUAUCAAGGACGCGUUUAUUUCGGCUACGGAAAGAGAUAUUUACACAGGAGACUCUGUUGUCAUCAAUAUUAUUACUAAAAAUGGCAUAAAGGAGGAAAUUGUGCAGCUCCGCAAGGAUUAGUUUUGGCAAAAUGUAUGCUAUUAAUUUGUUUUUACGAUCUAUCGAAUAGAAAAAAGCAAAUUCUCAAACUCAUUUUUUUACUUAUAUUCGAAACUAUAAAUAAAAUACAGC